AUGACUUUGUUGCGACCGAUAAUUAUGUAUAAAGUUGAAAAGAAUGGAGGAAGUAGUGGGGGUGGUGGUGGUGGUGGUGGUGGUGGUAACACAUCAGAGUAUAUGAAAGUACAGAAAAUGUUUAGACAACAAACAAAGAAUGAACGUGGGAAGAUACUACCGAAGGACAAACGACCACCGAUAGACUACUCCUCGGUGUUGGACUAUCAUAAUCUAGAGAGAAACAAUGAACUGAACAAAAAGAGAAUCAUUGACUAUUCAGCACAGACGACUGCUAGCAGCAGUAGUGGUAUUGCAACGAAUGUCUCGACAAUAGCAGUUGAUUCACCAUACUAUUCGAAUCCAUCGAGUUGGCGUGUCUACGGUCUCGCAUACUAUCCCGGAUUCUACUUUAUACCAUCGGUAUUCACAGCGCGACAACAACGUAAAUGGAUAAAAGAUGCUCUCGAACACUAUGUUGAACCACCAAACCUCACAAACCUCAGUCUCUUUCAUGGUGAAAUAAAAGAUCUCUGGAGUAAUGCACAAUCUGAAUUUAAACAACAACAACAACAACAGCAAAAACAAAAUGAACAACAACAAAAUAGACCAUUAGAUAAAAACGGUGAAGAAUUACCAUCUUAUAGAUCUUUAUUGGAUAAGCUGGCGUGGGCAACUCUGGGAUAUCAGUAUCAAUGGACAUCAAGAGAUUACUCUGAAGACUUUUACGAAGAAAUACCAAAUGAUUUACAUGAAUUGGUAACACAUAUCGCAAAAGCAACUAAAUACGAUCCUUAUGUGGCUGAAGCUGCUAUUGUCAAUUUCUAUUCUGAGGAUUCAGUGAUGGGUGGCCAUUUGGACGAUGCCGAAGAGGAAAUGGAGAAACCGAUCGUUUCUAUUAGUUUUGGAAGUACCGCUGUCUUUUUAAUGGGUGCAGAGACAAAGGAUGUCGCACCAGUGCCAAUCUUUAUAAGGAGUGGUGAUAUUGUUAUUAUGGGCGGUAGAUCACGGUACUGUUACCAUGGUGUUGCAAGAAUUGUCGAGGAUUCGUUCGAUGCAGGUCUACUCGACGACUCGAAAGAAGACGAUGAAUAUCGAUGGCAAGUUCAUUGGAUGAAAGAAAAGAACAGACGUAUCAACAUAAAUAUUAGACAAGUUUAUAAAGUACCUAAAAGAGGUGUAAAAAGUUGUACCACCACCACCACCAACACUACCAAUAAUACUAAUACUAAAACCCAUACAAACAACUCAGAUGAGAAUGUUAAAAGUCAAUCAAAUCAUACCAUUGGUGUUGACUUUGCAUCGAGAAUAGUAGAGGUAGCAGGUAGAUCAGUUAAAUUACAGAUAUGGGAUACUGCAGGUCAAGAAAGAUUUAGAUCAGUCACUAGAAGUUAUUAUAGAGGUUCAGCAGGUGUCAUUUUAGUUUAUGAUGUUGCAAAGUACGAUCGAGAAACAUAUAAUCAUAUUACAAAUUGGCUAAGUGAUGCUAGAGCACUCGCAAGUAAAGAUGUUACUAUUAUAUUGGUUGGAAACAAGUCUGAUUUAACUGCGGAAAGAGAAGUAUCAUUUUUAGAGGCAAUCAAAGUAGCUCAAGAGAAUGGUAAGCAAUCGUAUUUAGAUAAUGAUAAUAAUAAUAAUAGAUAUUUACUAUUCUUAGAAGCUAGUUCAAUGUCUGGAGACAAUGUAGAAGAGAUCUUCCUUAAGUGUGCAAAAACAAUAGUUUCAAAGAUAGACGAUGGUUUAGUCGAUAUGGAAAGUCUUGGAAUACAGAUGAGCGAUGCAGAUAAGACAACUUUAAAGAGUCCCAAUGACAAACAAUCUUCAGGUGGUUGUUAUUUAAAUAGAAUCAUAAAGUUAGUUAUGUUACCAUUUAAUUUAUCAAAGUUGGAUCUCAUUAAAUUGGGAGUACCUUUUGCUUGGGGUGUGGCAUGUCUGAUAUCAUUUCUAGUUUAUUCUGCUAAAGGAGAUGCAGGUGUACUUUAUCUACCGUUGAUUAGUUGUGUUGCUGCUUUUCUAUUGGUUGCUGAUAUAUGGGUAAGUUUAAAACAACAUGUUGCGAUGUUGUUAUCAGCACCAGGUUAUCAGAGAUUAAAUGCAAGUGCAAGCUCAAAGAGAGAGAGAAUCAUGGUUAACCUCAAAUUGGUUUUAUGUUUUUCAUUGGUUUUGGUCAGUGGUGUUUCAUUGAUGUUCUACAUCGACUAUAAACGUAAAGAAGAUAUAGCUUGGGCUGUUAUGACUCUUUUCUUUGCAAUGAUAUGGGCUGUUUUAACUAUUAAAUAUCAAGCAUAUAACGAAAAUACCAAAGUAGAUAUCGUCUCUGUUCCACUGUCAGAAGACAACGAAGUAUUGGAAACAGAGAUUUAA